AUGGAGGACCCAGGCAGCGGGUGGACGGCUGAGCUCACCCCUCCAUGCGUGAUGCCCGAUGCCGGCGGGAAUGACAGCCGGCGGGUUUUCGAGGUGGCGCUGCAGAACGGCUCCUCAAAGCGCAGCUCCCAGUUCGUUGGCGUGGAGCUGCUGCAGUCGUUCAAACUGCUCAUCAUCCCCUGCUACACUCUGGUGGCUCUGGUGGGCGUUUUUGGCAACUACCUGCUCCUCUACGUCAUUUGCCGAACCCGCAAGAUGCACAACGUCACCAACUUCUUCAUCGGGAACCUGGCUUUCUCCGACAUGCUGAUGUGCGCCACGUGCGUGCCCUUCACUCUGGCCUACGCCUUCAACCCGCACGGCUGGGUCUUCGGCCGGUUCAUGUGCUACCUGGUGUACCUCAUCCAGCCCGUGACGGUGUACGUGUCGGUCUUCACCCUCACUGCCAUCGGCGUGGACAGAUAUUACGCCACAGUGCACCCUCUGAAGAAGCGGAUCUCAGUCCUGGCGUGCACCUACCUGCUGUCGGGGAUCUGGCUGCUCUCCUGCGGUCUGGUGGCUCCAGCUGUGGCUCACACCUACCACGUGGAGUUCAGGAACGAAGGCUUCACCAUCUGCGAGGAGUUCUGGAUGGGCCAGGAGAGGGAGAGGCUGGCUUACGCAUACAGCCAGCUCUUCAUCACGUACGUCCUGCCUCUGUCGGCGCUCUGCAUCUCCUACCUGUGCAUCUCCGUCAAGCUGCGGAACUGCGUGGUGCCCGGCCAUCACACCCAGAGCCAGGCGGAGGCCCAGCGCAUGCGCAAACGCAAGACCUUCCGGCUGGUCAGCCUGGUGGUGGCGGCGUUCGGCGUCUGCUGGAUGCCCAUCAGCGUGUUCAACGUCCUGCGCGACAUUGACAUCGACCUGAUUGACAAGCGAUACUUUCUGCUCAUCCAGCUGCUCUGCCAUCUGUGCGCCAUGAGCUCGUCCUGCUGUAACCCCUUCCUCUACGCCUGGCUGCACGACCGCUUCCGCGCAGAGCUCCGCAAGAUGUUCACGUGUCGCCGCCGCAUCGGCAUUUCGGCCAACAACUGCGCCACGGCCAGCGUGGUUUUGUGAGCCUCCUGCGAUGCACGCCCAGUCCU